AUGAAAUACUCGUAUGACAUGAAUGCGAGCACUUCUUCGGCGAGCUAUGGCUCGACUGGACCUUCGAGUGCCACCAAUGAGCGGAAGGUAUCGUUGUUUUCGCUGAAGGAGUUGCGACCUCUGGAAGUGCCAGCGAGUGAUCAGUUGGGCAAAUGCCGGUUAGUCACAGAGUUUGAGAAACUCAACCGCAUAGGAGAGGGUACUUAUGACAGAGCGCGGGACACGAGAAGCGAUGAGAUCGUAGCCAUGAAACGGAUGCGAAUGGAUCGCGAGAGGGAAGGGCUGCCCAUCAGUGGUCUCCGCGAAAUCAAUUUACUGCUGAACUUAAGGCAUCCGAAUGUCGUACUCCUGAAGGAAGUGGUUGUCGGCAAAAGUCUUGAGAGUAUUUUCCUUGUGAUGGAGUAUUGCGAACAAGACUUGGCGUCCCUUUUGGAUAAUAUGAACACUCCGUUCACUGAAUCUCAGGUGAAGUGUAUUUUGAUGCAACUGUUCCACGGAUUAGAGUAUUUGCAUAAGAAUUUCAUCGUUCAUCGCGACCUCAAAGUGUCGAAUCUGUUGCUCACAGACAACGGGGAGCUUAAGAUCGCCGACUUUGGGUUAGCGCGAAGGUAUGGCCAGAAGGAUAUGCCGAUGACUCCCAGAGUUGUCACCCUAUGGUAUAGAGCGCCGGAACUGCUGUUUCAGUCCAAAGUGCAGACAACGGCUAUUGACAUGUGGGCCGCCGGCUGUAUAUUAGGGGAACUCCUUCUCCACAAACCACUACUUCCCGGACGCUCUGAGAUAAACCAAAUCGAACUCAUUGUGGAUCUGUUGGGCACUCCAAACGACUCCAUUUGGCCCAACUGCUCAAAACUACCGGUGCUCGACAAGUUCCACCUCAAGCACCAGCCCUAUAAUAACCUGAAGUUCAAAUUCAAUUGGGUGUCUGCGGCGGGCAUUCGACUCCUGCACCUCCUGUUUAUGUACGACCCGACCAAAAGGGCGACUGCAGAGGAAUGCCUUCAGAGCUCAUACUUUAAGGAAAAUCCUUUACCCUGUGAUCCAAAGCUCAUGCCGUCCUUCCCUCAGCAUCGAAAUCUUAACCUUAAGCGAGAAUCAGAUGAACCGCCGGUGGUUCCCAAGAAGGCCAUGAGUGACGACAGGUAUUUGAUUAAAUGA